AGUGUUGGCUGUCUUCGUAGCACAACGACGAGCACGCUUUCACACACACACACACACACCUUCCUCACUUCUUUCUUCCCUAAAUUCUUUGAAAUCUAUACACCGCUCACGUUUUUCUGUGGCUACGUAGCAGCCUUACUUGACUUUUCGUUUUCCCAUAAUCCGAAUACAUUGUCGAUCAUUUUCUUGCGUUUCCUGUGAGGCUGCGCACCCGCUCCUUUUCUUUGUACUCGUAUUGUCUUACAUUUCAUCCCCUCCUUAUUUCGUUCUCGCUUUUUGCGAAUACACAGCAGCGAUGGGCGGGGGUGCAGCUUUCUGUGUUGCUCCGCUGACGUGGCAGGACGGUCUCGCCCGCUACCCGCCUGCCGCAUCGCAGGAGUGGAACACCGUCGUGCUGCAGCCCGGCGACUACGACGAGGAUUUCUACACCAUCAUCAGCAACUUGGAGCAGCGGCACCUACUUCACGAGUUCUCAGAGGCGGACUUUGACCACCUAGGCCUCACCUUCAACCUUGUCACGGCGCAAGGGACACAGUACAACUUGAUCCCAAACGGUAGCGAAAUUCGAGUGACACGGUCGAACGCCUACGAGUACUUCCAGCGCGUCCGCAGCGCGUACGAGGGUCUGCGGCAGAGCACGGCGAUGCACUCCCCAGCACCACCACCACUACCACCGGCAACUCGUGCCACCGCGCUUUCGCCACCACAGCCGCGACUCCGUAGUACCGCCACAGGGCUUCGGCUCACCGUUCAGGACAUCCCGUCUCUUGAGAGGCUGCGCUGGAGUGCCCGCAACGACCCGGAGCGGCUGAUUUUCCCGCCGGGUGAGAAGCUGCGGUGGGCCGUGGUGCCGCGUACAAACGACUUUAUGAUUCGCCUGCGCCCCGACGGCGAGUUCCGCGUGGUCGAUCCGGAUGACCUCCCCCUUUUCUUGGAUGCGGUGGUGACGACGAUGAACGAAGCUGAACGCGCUAUUGAAAAUUUCGGCUACUACCCGCCCAGCAUCAUCUGUGCCGUGCCAGCGGAGCUGACUGGAGCCGCCCCGGCUACCCGCUGUCAGGGACCGUCGACACACGCCUCGCCCACGCCAGUGCCUCAGCGGCGUGACAGCGGAAGCAGUCGCACUUCUCUUUACGCAUCUGUCCGUGCUGCGUCGGCCGCAGCGGCGAAGGCAGCUGUAGCGACUGGGCAAGAGCGGCGCUACAUUCCGAGCGCGUCUCCUGCGGAAUUGGAGAAGCAGCGGGCGCUCUUUUCGCCCAUGCACGGCACCGGUAACAUUCUCGCCCCUUUUCAGGAGAUCAACAUGUAG